GAUCACCGAAAAGCUUCUUCGCUUAUCGCCACAUGAUUUCAGCCCCGGCGUUGGCAGAGCGAUUAAUCUCGCGACUGUAAGCGAUUGGCUCCACUCCAGCGCAGAGUCAGCUGCUUAUCACGUCUCGACCGACGGGGGUGAGACAUGGGUGCCUGAUUUCCCACGGCGAAUCGUACCACGUGCCCCGUCGCAUGAACUAACUGAUAACCCGCAAUCCGUCCAAUGGGCUGCUACUCUAGCGUUUCUUAUCUUCCCCGCAGCCAGCCUUGUUUAAAUCUCGACACCACAGCGUUACUCCCAGGAAAUUUUUUCAUCCUCUUUGCUUCAAUAAAUUGCUGUCUGUCCCUUGUCCGUUCCUUCCCACCUCCUCGCAGCCCAUCAUGGCUUUUGAUCCGGAAAAAGGUCUAAGCACCGUCAACUAUGCAACGCACGACCAAACCUCCGAUACCAAUUAUGGUACGAUUUCACAUGAAUCCGGCAUCAUGGCGAAACUUCGCGCAUUCGAAGCCGCCAUGGACAAGAAGCUCGGAGUCGAGUCCGAAGCCAUCAGUCGCAAGCGGCCUGAAGACAAAAGAGAGGUCCACUGGGUGGAGGAAUUAUCCAUGGCAUUACUCUGGGCCAGCGGCACAAUGAACACCUCCUGUUUCGCCACGGGCUUUCUGGGCUGGGAGUUCGGCCUUAGCAUGAAACAAGCCAUCCUCAUCAGUAUCUUCACUUCGAUUCUGGCCGCAUCGCUCAGUGGAUACUGUGCCACCUUUGGUGCCGUUACUGGGUUACGCCAAAUUAGUGUCAGUCGGUAUAGUUUUGGUUGGUGGCCGAAUAAACUCGUCGCUCUGCUUAAUGGCAUUCAGCAAUUGGGUUGGGCAGCGGUCGCGUGCAUUACUGGUGGUUUGGCCUUGACAGCCGUGUCGGAUGGGCAUGUUUCUUUGAUUCUGGGAAUUGUCAUUCUGGCUGUGGUCGCGCUGCUCAUCUCCGUUGUGGGACUCAACGCCAUUCUGCUCUAUGAGCGAUACGCUUGGAUGGUCUUCUUCAUCAUCUUCAUGAUCAUAUUCGGCGAGACCGGGAAAUAUGCAGACAACUCCGCUCCCGCUACCGUGACCGGUACCUCCUUUUCCGGUGCCGUGCUCAGCUUGAUUGCCGUGGUCUAUGGAUCCAGUGCGUCGUGGUGCACCAUGGCUAGUGAUUACUACGUCCACUACCCUACGAACGUCAGCCGCGUCAAAGUCUUCUUCAUGACCACCUUCGGUAUCGCAAUUCCCACCUCCAUCGGCAUGGUCGCGGGCUGUGUGGUCGCCUCUGCUCUAGACAGCAAACCAGAGUGGUACGACGCGUAUGACAACCAGGGAAUCGGCUACCUCAUUCAAGACAUGCUCUACCCUCGCGGAUUUGCCAAGUUCCUCCUCACGCUUCUUGUCUUAUCCGGAAUCAACGUCAACGUUAUUAGUAUCUACAGUUCUGCCAUCUCCUUUCAACAACUCUCGCGGCCCUUUGGUCGUGUUCCGCGGUUCAUUUGGACCUUGAUUUGCUUCGCGUGUAUUCUGGCGCUAGCGAUCGGUGGGCGCCAGAAACUGAACACCUAUUUGCAGGACUUUUUGAGUCUGUUGGGAUAUUGGUGUACGAGUUAUGCAGUGAUUCUGUUUGAGGAACAUUAUAUUUUUCGGAAGGGCGAUUUUGAGAAUUAUGAUUUGGAGGGCUGGAAUGAUCCCGCGAGGUUGCCGGUCGGGAUUGGUGCGAGUGUGGCGUUUGGACUUGGGGUUGUGGCUUGGUGUAUGGGGAUGGACGAAACGUGGUUUAUUGGUCCACUUGCGAAGCUGAUUGGUGAUGCUGGCGGUGAUAUUGCCAAUGAGUUUACGUUCGUUGUUACCGCGCUGAGCUAUAUCCCGGCGAGGUAUCUGGAGCUCAAGUACUUCGGUCGGUAGCUAGUCAACGGGGCUGAGUGGUUGGGUGUAUGCUAUUUGUCUUUGAGGUGUGCUGUGUAUAAUCAGAU